CAAAAUUGCAAAUAAUCACCUAAACAACUUUGUAAGAAAAAUUACGUCUCAUAUCAAGGAGGACGCAAACGCAGAAAGUUCGUAAUUGAACGGAAGUUGCAGUAAAUUAUUAUCAAGUAUCAACCAUAUGACAGCAAGCGAUGUUGAAUAAUUUGAGUACAUGUGUGAUGUGGCGACCCUAGUAUUAGGAUAUAAAUCUUUAUCAAAAGUCUGCAGUUUGGCUGAAUGACAGGAUGAAGAGUACAUGGCAUUUGCUUUUCUCGGAAUAAACUUUAUGUGUGAUGUAUGUGUACAAUAGUACGCAACAAUAUAUCAUGCAUCAGCUAUCAGCAACCAGCGAGCGUCCACAUACUUAUUUUGCCAAUUAGGUGGCGGCUAGUAAAUUAGUUGGGAGCGCCCUAUGGCACUGCAGUAUAUUUGUAGGAUGUGGUGUUGGUGGAGCCACUCCUCAAACAAUCGAUCUAUGUUUCCGAUUCCUGUUUAGAUCAAACGUUUUUCAAAUCGGGAUUUUAUAGAACAGCAUCAAUUUACAUUUCGAGUAAAACUUAAAAAAAAUUGGAAUUUGCAUUGGACACCAGCAAGAUGAAUCUCGAAUCUACAGAAUUGGACGUUGAAUUUGAGGUAGAUCCUGAAACAGCUUGGCUCGAGGAGAUUACAAUAGGUGAUUUCAGGAUAUGGCACAUCAUGUUUUUCGCGUUUUGUGGAUUCAUGUGCAUUGUUAUUGUUUUAUGUUGCUGCUUCCGAAUACGUAUACCAAGGACCAAACAAGAUAUCGAGGCGGAUUAUAAAAGAAAGAGAAUUACUAGGAAAUUUCGAGAAAAAAUGGCACUAAUGAAGAAUUCCGAUAUGGACGGUAUGGAUUUACAGAAGGCUUUAGCAAAAAUACAAGCAGAGUUUUUAGCGGAAGCGAAAAAUUCAGACGAUCAGCGGCUCAUCCAAGACACGAUGCAAACAAUCACCAACAGAAGUACGGGCAAUCGUAAAAUCGAAGUGUAAUCAAUGUUGAAAAGUUUUAAAUUCGAAAUUUAUGUACAGUAAUUUAUUUCUGCAAUAAAUACUUUUGUGUGCUUUCCAAUAAAGAACAAAUAUCUACUUGUAGUUGAGCUUUACAAAUGUACGCAAAAAUAAUGUAAAUUUGGGAAUAAGAAAUUUAAAUUAAGUAUUGUUAUUUUGUUGGUUGCCUGGUUCAGAGGUGAAAACUAUGCAAUUCCGGAAGUUUAUUUGCAAUUACCAUUAUUUAGAAAAGGUAUCAAUGCUUCCGAUGAGUUUAUUAAUUAUGUCAGCUGCCUAAUUAUUCAAAUUUCUGAGAAAAACUUCAAGUGGACAAAUACAUACAUGUGCAGCAAAUAGAGAACACUACAAUAUUAGACUUAUAGCGACAUCUACCCAUAUGUGCGU